AUGCCUCAAUUGAACGGUGCCUCCGAGCUCUCAUCGCUGGUUUCGUUGCUCAAAACCAUUGUCGGCGCAGGGCUCAUGUCCAUUCCGCUUGCCUUCUCUACCGACGGUGUUGUGGUAGGUGUACUUAUUGUGGCUUUGGCCGCCAUUACCUCUGGAUAUGGGUUAUUUUUGCAAGCCUACGUGGCUCGGUUUGUGCCAAAAGGCCAUGCUACUUUUUUCAAUAUUUGCUCGAUUACUUAUCCUGCGCUCUCUGUGGUUUUUGAUACCGCAAUUGCUGUCCAGUGCUUUGGCUGUGCCAUCUCAUAUUUGGUCCUUAUUGGCGAUUUGAUGCCAACAAUUGUUGAAACUGUUCCAUUUGUACCCUCGGAACAUCACCGGUCCUUUUGGAUUUUGGCCUCGGGAGUGUUAUGUGUGCCUUUGUCUUUCCUCAAAAACUUGGACUCUUUGAAGUAUACCUCCAUCUUGGGCCUUGUAGCAAUAGGGUACCUUGCCUUAUUGGUAGUGUGCGAAUACUUUUUUGGGCAUGUUUCACAUAAGCUUCGUGGCGAGAUUGUUUUGGUACCAUCCUCUCUUCAAGGAUUGUUCUCCACCUUCUCGAUUGUUGUUUUUGCUUACACUGGCCACCAAAACAUGUUUUCAAUUAUCAAUGAAGCAGCAAACAAUUCGCUUCCAUCAAUGGCCAGGCUUAUCAAUUUUGCCGUUCUUUGUGCCUCUGUCUUGUUCAUCCUGGUAGGACUUACUGGAUACUUGACCUUCGGAGACAAGGUGGGCGGCAAUGUCAUUUUGCUGUACCCUAGCUCGUGGUACAGUACCGUUGGCAGGGUAGCUAUUGUGUUCAUGGUGAUUUUCCUGUUCCCACUUAUGCUUCAUCCCGCUAGAAUUUCGGUGAACAACAUUUAUUUCUGGAUCAGAACCCACAUUAAAACUAAUCAGGAAAAUGCAGGUUCUGAGGAGCCAGUAUCAUCGGAAACCUCUGCUUUGCUCGAGGCUGUCCCAUCCAGAGCUUCUCUCAGACCUAGUCCUGUAGUUCCAUUCCCUGACACUACAUUCUAUACAAUUAGUACCAUUCUCUUGGUGGUUGGCUACACAGCUGCUGUGACCAUCAAGUCAUUCGCUUUGGUAUUGGCAAUCGUAGGUGCUACGGGCUCUACUGCCAUUUCAUUCAUUUUGCCGGGAUUAUUUGGCUACAAGUUAAUUGGGUCUGAUACAGACGAACCCACAAAACAGGAGCAUACAUUAAAGUAUAUGUCAUUAGCAUUGGUGUUAUGGGGAUUUGUCGUGAUGGUGGUGUGCCUCUAUUCUAGUUUGGCUCUAUAA